UAAAAACGCAAAUUCAUGUUUUGUAUGAAGUCGUGCCGUUUGGUCGCUCUGUGUCUUGUCCUAGUUGGCAUCCCAGUGUUGGUGACUUCACUUAGAUUACGCAAUUUUGAAGACCCCUGGGGUGCAGAGAUCUAUCCAGCCGUCCCUGAAGCUUAUCGUGACAUUGGUAAUCGUUUUGUUUUUCAUGGGAAAACCGUCCAGGGAAAGCUCGAACCGGCAGACAAGAGGUCACUCUUGGAUCCUAUAAUGUUCUAAUUUUCAUUUGGUAAUAUAUAAUCUGAUUAUCUGCAAAAG